CAGGCACCAUUUUCCAAAAGGCUGUGAAAUGAUUAAAUGGGAGGCGGAGGAAGAAGUUACCGUAGUUACUGUUUCGAUUUCUAACUUCUGCUUAAAUGUUAUUUUGCAUUGAUAUCCGUAAAUAGAUAUGUCACUGAACUUCAGUUACAUAUGUCGCCUUUGUCUGAAACAGAAUGGUCCAUUAAUGCGCAUUUUCAGCGAAGAGACUGGAGGGUCAGUUCCUACCAUCCCUGCAAAAAUAAAGAGCUUUGCUCCAACCCUGAAGCUCAGUGCUGGUGAUGGUCUUCCAGAUCAGAUCUGUCAGCAGUGUGCAUACCAAGUAGAUACAACAUACAAAUUCAAACUUCAGUGUGAAAGCUCUGAUGCCACAUUACGACAGUCCCUCAUAAAUCAGACAAUUCAGCAUUCACCACAUGAAAUAUUUCUUACUGUUUUGGAUACUGGGUGUGGUAUUGACUCCAGCAAUAAUACUACAAUAAAGCAUGAAGUAAAAGAAGAAAUAUUUGUAGAGGAAAAUCAUGUUCACCCCGAAAAUAAUGAAGAGAGGAUUUGUAAUGAUGCUUUCAUAGAAAGCAGUACUGACUCAUGGACGAACCUUCAGACUGAGACAUCAUCCAGUAAACUGGUUCUGAAGAAGGCUCCUAAAAAGAAACAGUCUAGUUCACCAAGAAAAAUUAUUACAAAAAACUGCAAAAAUCAACAAGCCUUUUCACAGAAAAUAAAUGUGAAAGCCUGUAAACAAGUAAAGCAGGGAUACAAUUCCCUUACAGGAGCCAAUGCCAAAUCAGGAAGUGAAGAGCCAGUAUAUGUGUGUGAAAAGGAAUCAGUUUCUGUUGACUUUGUGAAAGAUGAUGAUGACAAUGAAAGUGUAAGUAAUGAAUUUGGUGUUGAAGUUCAAAUGAGAAAAAAGUCAUACAUAAAAUUAUUUCAUUGUCAUGACUGUGGUAAAAACUUUGCAAAGAAAACACAAUUGGUUUUACAUAUGAGUGCACACACCGGUGCAAAACCAUAUAUAUGCAGUCAGUGUGGAAGAACUUUUGCAAGUAGAAUUAACUUGAAGAAACAUUUGUUUACACAUACUGGUGAGAAACCAUAUCUUUGCACCAGAUGUGGCAUAAGUUUUGGCCGUAUAGACACACUGACGAAACAUAUGAGAUCACAUACAGGUGAGAAGCCCUUUCACUGUUCCGUGUGUGGAAAUAAUUUUGCACGUCGCAGUACCUUCACAAAUCACAUGAGGACACACUCGGGAGAAAAGCCAUACUUAUGUACAGAGUGUGGAUGGCGCUGUGUUCAGAGUUAUGAUUUAAAAAAACAUAUGAGGUGCCAUACCGGAGAAAAACCAUUUCGAUGUACAAUCUGUAGAAUGAGUUUUGGGCAAAGAAACAGUCUAACAAAACAUAUGAAGUGUCACAUAGGAGAUGUGCCCCUAACUCUGGAAUGUGCAAAAGAAUUGCAGUACCAAUGUUAAAUUUAGUAUAUUUUGUAUAUUUGUAUAUUUAAUGUAAAAAUGUGUUAAUAUAUGAAGGAAGAAUAAUAUUUGUGAAAUAGUUUCUAAAUAAAGCAGGUAAUAUUGGCAACAUCAUCCAGACUGGUUCUCGGACCCACCCACCUUUCCA